AUGGAAGAACAAAAGGAAAGGCCUGCAUUUAGGAAUUUAAGAAUUGAUACAGCAAGGUAUCAAUAUCUAGGACUGUGGGAAGAGCUCAGGAUUCCUCCUCCUCUCCCACCAAGGCGAUGUCAUCACUCAGCAGUCAUGAUACAAAACAAAAUGUACAUCUAUGGAGGCCAAGAUGUGCACAUAGGAGUUCUAGGAGAUUUAUGGGUUCUUAAUAUAGAUCCUUCUUCUUCCUCAAAUGAACUCUGGACUGAAUUGCAUCCAUCUGGUGACCUCCCAGGGCCUUUAUGUCGUCAUUCUGCAAUAUCUAGAGGAAAUCUGAUCUACUUAUUCGGAGGGACAAAUAAUUCAGUCGAAAAUAGCAGCAUUUAUGUACUUAACACUGAAAACUUAGUAUGAACCAAAAUUAAUCCAAGCUCAGAGCAGCCUCCAGCUAUAGAUUCACAUAGUGCUUGCUUUAAUGAAGCUGACAAUACAAUGAUUAUUUUUGGAGGGUAUAUUAAUGGAGUCCACAGCAAUGAACUUUAUAUCUAUAAUAUACAAGCAAAUGAAUGAAGCCGCCCAAACUCUCAAAGAAAGCCUGACCCUAGAUCUGAUCACAGUGCAGUCAUUUAUCAAAAUUAUAUGUGGGUCUAUGGUGGAUCAAGUGAAAGUGAACGCCUAAGCGAUUUUUGAAGACUUAACCUAAGAAACCUACAGUGGGAAUUAGUUCAGUCUGAAGGGAUUUCCCCAGGCACUGUAUCAGGGCACUCAGUUUGUGUGUGUGGAGACGUGAUGCUUGUAUUUGGAGGGAUAAGAGAAAUUAUUAAAGAAACCAACUCAAUGUACACCUAUGACUUUUCUUCAAAUAAGUGGCUUAUGAUACAGCACGAAACGCAAAUAAAAGACCCUUUAUCACCUAGUGAGAUAGAAAAUUAUAGGAAAUUGGCAAAACAAAGACAUACAGUUCAGUAUUCAAGUAAAGAGGAGUCUGCAAAAGCAGAUUUAACGAAGCAAAGAUCAGCAGUCGUUGGAGCACAAACCCAAGGAAGGGUAAAAGGGAUUGUGCCACACUCCAGAGAUGGGCAUUCUUCAAUAGUGUUUGAAGGAGGGAUGUAUGUAUUUGCAGGGGAUAGGCAUCAGAUGUCAUUUAACGACGUUUACUGCUACUCGAUUCAAGAACAGGUACUAAAAACACCUGUAGCUAUUUAA